CGUGUUGUUGAAAAAGCUGCUCAUUGUGACUGCAUAACUGCCUGCCCCAACGCAUCAAUACAUGUGGAGUUUGCAACUGAUGCAGGCAAGACUGUGUUUUACGGUAACGAAUCGGUAGAAAUUUGCCUCAGAUUGGCCAAUGUUGGAUCGUAUGACCCUGACGCCAGACUAGCUGAAAAUGUUACAGUUGAAAUUAUAAGUCCGGCUGAAGUUGCACGUGAGUAUGUCGCAGAGAGUAGAAACCUUGUGUUUCCUGUGGGUGCAGAAAAAGGCAAUAUUCGUUGUACUAUAAUACACAUCAACAGAGGAUCGCGUAUAAUGUUCUUCAGAGUGUCAGCGUCUGUCGUGUCUCCCAGCGGGGCAAUAAUUGGUGGCGAUAUUGCGAGCACAACAGAUUCAAUUACAGUGAAAAUACUUGACCAAUGUAACACAGAGCCAGGACCAUCAUACAACCCGGCCCUUAGCCAAGAGCCUGAAAUCCCACGAAACGAGUGCAGAAGUGUACUGUGCAACUGGAGAACCAACAUCAGCAGAAAUACAUUCACCGACAACCACUACUCAUUUGGUUGGUAGCAUUUUUAGUAGUGAUGCCAACCCAAGUCUAGACUAGCGACAAACCUGUUGCUAUAGAUGUGUGCAAACACAAAGUCCACACUUUUGUGUGUGUACUGAGCAUU